ACUGGUCAGGUAACCAGAGGGGCCCUCUGCUGAUCGGGUUACUAGAGGGGCACUCUAUCGUCUACUCGAGAGGUUCCUUUUAGUUGGUCCGACCUUUCUAAUUUGCCACCACAUAUUACUGCUAUGAAGAAAGGUGUCCAAUUCCGACAAUUCAAACACUGUCCCAGCCACGAUUCCAACUUCGGUUUUCAAUUUUUUUUGUUGUACUCGAUGAGGUAUUAAAUCACCUAGUCUCUGACGACAACGUUACUGGAUUUCUCAGGUAACUCCGAUGUCGAUUUGGUAUUUUGAUUAAUGAAUCGGGGAACUCCCAAUCUGACAUCGUGAGAUUAAUCACACCAUCACAUCAGCCCUCGAUAUCCCAAUUUGAUUUUGAUUAAUUGGGAAGAGAGAUUGAGUGAUGUAAGAGAAGGGAUUUGGUAGAUUUCCGGCGAGAUUUACAAAAAAAGUUUUCUAAUUACAGAUAUCGACAAUUCUAUGGGUUCGGUGGGUGUGUGGGUGAGAAAGAGAGGAGGGCUGGAAUUGGGUUUGUUUUGUAGAGUAAUGGGUUUGGAAUUGGUUUCCAUACGGGUUUGUGGGUGUGUGAAGAGGGAGAAAUUUGGUUUGUCUCUUACACAGAGAGAGAGAGAGAGAGAGAGAGGUGUUCAUCCGAAUUUGGGAGUUAAAGGAAUGAAAUUUCAUUUUUACCCCUUAAAAACUCACGUGCUUGGCAUAUGGUGAGUUUUCCAUCCAAAUUCAUGGAUGGAGUUAGGAGUUGGACUUGAUAGCUGGGAAUUGGAUAGUUCGAAGAUGAAAUAAGUGAUUUUAAUAGUUUGAGAACGAAAUAGAAAAAUAAGGUGAUAGUUUGAGAGAUGUUUUCCUUAAAAAAAAGAACUCUGCUAUUUCGGAUCAAAAGGUGUGCAUACAUACAUACAUAUACGAGUAUAUAUUGAACGAAUUUAUUUAGACUCCCAAGCGUUUGUUCGUUGUUCUGGUAGAAAGCAAGAAGCCAGACGGAAAGAGUAUCUUUUGUACGCUGUUGAGUCUUAUGGCAAACAGCAAAUACGAGUACGUGAAAUCAUUCGAAGAAGAAGAUGAAGUUAUGCUGCCUAAUUUGAUUGUUGUUCGGAUCAAGGGCCGCAAUUUUCGCAGGUUUUCUGAUGUUCACAAGUUUGAGAAACCAAACGAUGAGAAAGCUUUGAAUUUGAUGAACACUUGUGCCGCUGCCAUUUUGGAAGAGUAUCCAGAUAUUGUCUUCUCUUACGGAUUCAGGGAUGAGUACAGCUUUGUUUUCAAAAAGAAGUCCGCAUUUUACAAGAGGCGUGCAAGCAAAAUACUCUCGGUCGUUGUAUCCCUCUUCUCAUCUGUAUAUGUGACAAAGUGGAAGGAUGAUUUUCCUCAGAUGGAGUUGAGGUUCCCUCCUUCAUUUCAAUCUCGUAUCAUAACCUGUGCAUCAAUGGUGGUUCUUCAAGCAUACCUUACAUGGAGACAAAACGAUUGUCAUGUCCAAAACCAGUGUAAUACUUGUCUUUGGAUGCUGAUCAAAUGUGGGAAGAGUGAAAGGGAAGCACAAGAAGUUCUGAAGGGAACUGGGAAACAAGAGAAAAAUGAGCUGCUUUUCCAACAGUUUGGUAUCAACUACAAAAAACUUCCUCCAAUGUUCCGCCAAGGGUCAUGCGUUCUCAGGAGGGCAAAGAGAUUCAAGUCAGAGGGGGAAGAUAUUGAUAAAUAUAAAGACGGUGAAACUCUUGUUAAAAGUCCUGGGAGGAACGUAAUUUUGGUCCAUUCAGGAAAUAUAGCAUCAAGAAGCUUCUGGAGUGAGCACUCGGGUCUCCUGAAGGAGCUAGGUAGUUUUGAAGAGGACAUCAACAAAGUUAAACCUGAAUAUGUCAAGUCCUUCGAAUUUGAGCGCAAGUUGUUGCCUUCUACUUGGAUCAUGGUCAGAAUUGAUGGCCGUCACUUUCACGGAUUUUCUGAAGAGCAUGAAUUUGAGAAGCCAAACGAUGGGCAGGCUUUGAACCUUAUGAAUUCAUGUGCGGUGGCUGUGAUGGAAGAGUUCAAGGAUGUAGUCUUCUCAUAUGGUGUCAGUGACGAGUUCAGCUUUGUUUUGAAGAGGGAUUCCCAGUUCCAUGACCGGCAUGCCAGUGGCAUUGUGUCUGUCAUUGUAUCAUUUUUCUCUUCCAUGUAUGUAAUGAAGUGGAAAGGUUUCUUCCCACAGAAAGAGUUGAAGAACCCUCCUCCAAGUUUUGAUGGACGGGCUGUAUGUUAUCCAUCAAAGGAGAUUCUUCUAGAUUACCUAGCAUGGAGACAAGUUGAUUGUCACAUUAACAAUCAGUACAAUACUUGUUUCUGGAUUCUCGUCAAGUCCGGCCAGAGUAAAAGUGAAGCUCAGGACUACCUAAAGGGUACUCGAGCACAAGAGAAAAGUGAAUUGCUUGUCCAGCAAUUUGGUAUUGACUACCAGACAUUACCAGCCAUGUUCCGUCAGGGAUCCUCUGUUUUCUGGGACAAGGAGGAUCCAACUGAGAGGUACGGUGAUGGACCUGAUGGAAAAUCUCGGAAGAAAGUUGUGGUGGAACACUGUAACAUAAUUGAGCAGAGCUUUUGGGAAGCUCACCCAAAUAUACUUGAUGAAGACCGUUAGAUGAUUCAUCUAUUUUUUCCCAUCCAACAUUAACCGUGUACGGUAAUUUAGUGAUGAAUUAUAACAGAAUUAGUGCGUAUGUUUUCACAGUUACAUUGUUCUGAGAUGAUAAUUCCACAGUUUGAUGUGCAUAAUGCAACUCAUGAUCUCAUCCCCUUUUUUU